AUGGAUCCAGGACAGUCCAGCCAAAACCGCCCUUUCUUGGACAAGACCGGAGGGCUUCACCCAGCCAGCCUGUCGCUCCCAUCCCAGCUCUCCAAGGGAAAGGCAGGAAACCUUCCAGCACUUGGCCCCGCCCUCCAGACGGGCUCCUCCCCGCAGGAGCGAGGAAGUCCAGCUUCGGCCUCCUUCGUCUCUGGUUCUGUUAGUAUUAGCAGACCCAGGCCCGCCGCACUGGGCGCUAGAUCUGUGGUCAAAUCGUCCAGGACUGUCGGCUCUUCUGCAGUUUUACCCUCGGCUCCAAGAGCGACCAGCUCACUGAUCUUCUCCCACUCCUUUACAGAGCCAGCCCAGCCUGGCUACUGCCCCCCCCGGCCCCAAAACAGUGAUCUUAGCCCCACCCCCCAUCUUAGCCCCACCCCCCAGCUCAGUCCCACCCCCCAGCCCAGCUUCAACUCACUGCCAAACCCGUUAGUUUUCCCCAGCCCUCCAACGCAGGGUAGUAGGACAGUCCAGCAGACCCCAAACACCCAUACAAGUCUGAUCCCUAAACCAAAGCCAGCGUCAGAUUCCCAGCUGAGCCCGGUCUGUCAGCCUAGUCAGAAUCCCCUGAUUACAAACCCUGGCAGCUCAGAUCAGACGCUUCCCCUCCGGAAUCCAACCAGUGAGGAUGAUGGUUUUAGGGUUCACAUUGUCACAUGGAAUGUUGCCUCGGCAAUACCCCCUGAUGACAUCAGCAGUCUGUUUGGCCCGGGGGUCAGCGACAAGAGCACUGAUAUGUUUAUCAUCGGGCUGCAGGAGGUGAAGUCCAUGAUCAGUACGAGGCUGAAGGAUGUGCUGUCCACUGACCAGUGGAGCGAACUGUGCAUGGACACACUCAGUCGAUUUGGAUAUGUGCUGGUGGCAUCACAGAGGAUGCAGGGGGUUCUGCUGCUGGUGUUGUCCCAGUUCCGGCACCUGCCGUUCCUGCGUGGGAUCCAGACCCAGACGACACGCACGGGACUUGGAGGGUGCUGGGGGAAUAAAGGUGGAAUAAGUGUGCGGAUGUUGAUGUUCGGUCACCCCGUGUGUUUUCUGAACUGCCACCUGCCAGCCCACAUGAGGAACCUGGAACAGCGAGUGGAGGAUUUUGAGAGCAUCUUACAGCAGCAACAGUUUGAGGGCGGAGCCGCCGUGGGUGUGCUGGACCAUGAUGUAGUUUUUUGGUUUGGUGACCUGAACUUUCGCAUCGAGGGCUACGACAUCCAUGUAGUGAAGAGUGCCAUAGAGAACAACAAACUGUCCCUGCUCUGGGAAAAAGAUCAGCUCAACAUGGCAAAGAUUAGUGAGUCUGUUCUGGAUGGAUUUAUGGAAGGACUCCUAAAUUUCCCACCCACCUACAAGUUUGAUGUGGGAACACACACAUACGACACCAGUGCAAAGAAGAGGAAGCCUGCGUGGACUGACCGCGUCCUGUGGCGUCUCCGUAAGACAGGUUCUCCUGUUCCGUCCCACAAUGCCUCGCUGCAGAGGGGUCUGACCUCGUGGCUGGGCGGAGCUACGAAAGUGACGCAGCACUUUUAUCGUAGUCACAUGAGCUUUACCGUUAGCGACCACAAGCCUGUCUCUGCCCUUUUCUCUCUGCAUUUUCCCUUUAAGGUCGAUUUGCCCUUAGUUACACUGGAGGUGGAGAAGGAGUGGACCAAACUAUCCGAUGCUUCAGCCAGGUUCACCAUAGCUUCUGGCCUCCACAGGAGCUCGUGGGAUUGGGUUGGACUCUACAAGGUGGGAUUCAAACACCAUAAGGACUAUGCCGCUUACGUAUGGGCCAAAUCAGACCAUCUGACUCAGGCAGGACCAAGUACAGAAUUAGACUGGAAUGCACCCAAGCAAACUGCUUACUGUGUAACAUUUCCAGAAGAGGAUUUGCCCAGAGAAGCAGGGGAAUACAUCCUGGGUUACUACAGCAGCAACAUGAACAGCAUCGUAGGAAUUACGGAGCCGUUUCAGGUGCAGCUCCCCGUGUGCUCUACUCCAGUUCAGGUCUGCCCCUCCCGUUCGGUCAGCUCGGAGGUCAGCUCGGAGGAUGACAGCACUCUGGUCCUGCUGAGGCCCAGUUCACGCAGCCCGAGUCCCGGCAGACGGCACCCCCGCCGCCAUCGGCACCGGUGCAGUCGCAGCCCAGCGGUCCCCGCGCUCACCUCCGCCCCACUGUCCUCGCUGCAGAGCCUCAGCCUCCGCCCACGAGAUGGGCAGCCCUGCAGCAUCUCCCCUCGCCCUGCUAUCAACGCCAAGAAGGAGAGGCUGGUGUCCCCUGAUGUGCUCACCUCCCCUUCCGUCAGCCCCCUGAGUCCACGCAGCCCCAUAUCCCCUGGCAACGGGGUCAGCGUCCCAGAAGCACUGGUUGCAGCCAUCCUAGGUGAACACCGGGCGGCUCCGGCUCAGAUCUCCGGAGACGGUGCAUCGCCCAAGUCUGCCGAUGCGAACAUAUGACCUCCAUUCACGUGACCUAGCACUUGCCGACCUUUAACUGAUAGCGAUGCCCUGUGAGAGGGUCACGGCCUUGUCCGGAUACUGCUCUGACCUGCCACUGUCUCUGAUGUCAUGCUGACACUUCAUUGUCUGUGCCAGAGAGAGAAAGCCCCACAUGCCGAUCUGCACACUCAUCUCUUCACAUUCACGUGAGCUGGUCCUGGCCAGCUUCAUUAAGGGUCUGUCAGCUCUCAUAAAUAGGCUUCCCCUAACUGAGUUUAUGUGCAGAGCUGAUUUCAUUUCUUGAGUGGCCAGCUACAUAAUAAAGGAAAGUCUGAGUCAAAAUUCAUGUAACAAUAUUGUUUAUGUAGAAAAAAAAGCUAAAAAUCAUCUGCAGCUGUAUUGCACAGACAAGUUCCCGUGCUGCUUUCAUGGGUGGGUCCAGUUCUUUCUGAAUAUGUGUCUGUUUCUCUGUCCACACACAAACAUUCAUACAAACUAGACACAUGACUACACAUCUGUGGUGUACGUUUAAACCCCUUUCCCCUCUUCUGUCCGUCAGCAGUGUGUGGAGGCACUGUUUAGUCUUUGUGUGAGUUGUGUGUGAUUUGCGUGUGAAUUCUGAGUAAGUUGUGUUUGAUUCAUGAGUGAAUUGCAAACUGAGUUGUGUGAGUUUCAUUCGCAAAUCUGAAGUCAUUCUGGCAAUUAAUGUUUUUCGGUGUGAUGGCUUAAACACAUAUUGCAAAAUAAAAUGACUACACUGAA